AUGUCUACCACGGCAGGAUCCAAGCCCGCCCAUGACUGGAGCGCGGCGCAGUACCUCAAAUUUGAAGAUGAAAGAACCCAGCCAGCGCGCGACCUUCUUGCUCGGGUGCCUCUCCAAGCCCCUAAGACUGUAAUCGACCUCGGCUGCGGGCCGGGCAACUCGACCGCGGUCCUGGAGUGCCGCUACCCCAGCGCGCAUCUUGUGGGGAUGGACUCAUCCCCAGACAUGAUCCGCAAAGCUAAGAAGGCACUCCCACACCGUGAGUUCACCGUCGAAGAUUUGAAGUCGUAUUCACCGCAAGGCCCUGUCGACCUGUUCUUUUCCAACGCCGUCUUUCAAUGGCUCGGCAGAGAUGAGCGAUUCACCAUCGUCAAGAAGUUGAUGGAAACCCAACCUUCUGGGGGCGUGUUCGCUCUUCAAGUUCCCGACAAUCUUAUGGAGCCAUCCCAUGUUCUGAUGCGGGAAACUGCGCGCAAUGGACCUUGGGCAGCGACUCUCGAAAACAUUGGCCGAGAUACCUUUCAGACGCCGCAGGAGAUUUAUGACCUGCUCAAGCCGGUUUCUUCGAGAGUGGAUAUUUUCCGUACCAGCUAUUAUCACAGUCUUGAAAACCAUGAGGCUAUUGUUGAAUGGGUUAAAGGCACUGGGCUAAGGCCUUACUUGGAUCCUUUAUCACCUCAAGAGACGGAGGGGUUCCUGCGCGAGUACUUGAAGCGCUUGGAGAAAGCCUAUCCAUCGACAUGUGAUGGCCGAGUUUUACUUCCAUACCCGCGGCUCUUUGUAAUUGCGGUCAAAAAAUAG